UGGAGGGGCUUAAUAAGAUCACCAAGGGAUUUAGAGUGAAAGAAAGGGACAUAGAGGAAGUUGGAGGGGAAGAUGAGUGGAAAGAUGAGUGGGAUAGGGAUUGUAAAGGAGAGAGAUAGGAUUAAAGGGUGGUUAGAAGGGAAAUUGAGAGGAGAGGAAGGGAAGAGGGGAUAGAGGUAUAAGGGUUUUUGAUUUAGAAAUGAGUUUAGAGAGUUUUGAAGAUAUUCUGAGUAUAUAGAAUUGAAAUUUGGACUAAAUGAAGGGUUUGAAGUUUGUUCUAUUUUUGGGAUUUUAUGAAUUAUGCAUAAAAAUCAAUAUUCUUAAAACUCUCCAUAACUUGGCUUGCACAUUGAAAAGAAUCUUUGAUCAUAAAGAAUCUGUCAUUUGUCUGAUUAAUUUUAAUAUUUCUAAAGUAGAGAGAUUAUCUUGUCUUCACACGAUUAAAAGUUAUUAAAAGUUUAAAUCAUGAAUCAAUAAAAUAUAGUAUGCUAUUAUUUUAGCGUACAAAAUUUUUGCAUGAAGUACAAACAAUGAGCAAAUUUAUAAACGCUUAGCUCUUAGAGCAUAACUUUAAUCCCCUUUCAAACUCUUUUAAUAUCUCUCCAUUUCAUCUCCAAAUUCAUAAAUUUUUUAAUAUCAAAAGUGAAAAUAAUCCGAUUUCAUUAAUAACCCAAUUUCAGAACCUGAACUAUUCCUCACUCUAGAGCCCUCCUCUCCCAACCCCCAUCC